AUGCCUUCCGCUGAAGUAUCCCACGGCCGUGGCGGCGCCGGCAACAUCAACGUCGACGACACCCAAUAUGUUGAUGGCGAGGUGGUGCGCGUUGGCGUUGAGGGAAGCCAUGGAGAUGGCGCAUUCAGCACCGGCCGAGGAGGCUCCGGUAACAUUGGCGACGCUGGCAGCAAUGCCGCUCGUCGCGCCGACAAGGUCAUAAUCCCCGAUGCCGCCGUCCGCCCUAGCACCGAUAACCAAGACUACCACACCGGCCGCGGCGGUGCUGGCAACGAGCGCAAGAAGAGCGCUUCCUCCGGCGACGCCUCGUCCACCCCGGCCGAGGAUGCCCCGCCAAGGUGCCGAUUAGCUUGGCCGAUAAGUUGA